CGUAAUCCGUGACCCUGCGCCUCGCGAAGUAGUCCCGGAGUUCAGGGUGCCCUCCGUACACACUUUUCCAGCUCAAGAGGUCCUCAGUCGGAAGAGGUCGGCCUCGGAGGUGCGCCGCGACCCUGACCGAAGGGCAGAGUGGCUUUUCCGACCCAUUUCCUUCGGAUUCCUCCGCCGGGACGCAUAGCCACAGCGUCCUCACUUCCGGGUCCGCCAUUUUACUGCCUCCAUUUCCCUGCAAGGGGGGGGGAAAGGCCCCCCAAAUAUGCAUAUGUGAAAAAGGCCAAAAAGUGAGGCCACUGGCCAGGAGCCUUAGGUCAAGGGAACGAAACGGGACCAAACUGGCGGGCCCAGUGAGAGCGAAGCCGGCAGCGCUCCGGACGAGCUACCUGGAAACUUUUGUUUCUAUGUAUAAAGAUGUCUCUGGUGGACUUGGGGAAGAGGCUGCUAGAAGCUGCAAGAAAAGGCCAAGAUGAUGAAGUGAGAACGCUGAUGGCAAACGGGGCUCCAUUCACUACAGACUGGCUUGGAACAUCACCUCUUCACCUUGCAGCCCAGCAUGGUCAUUAUUCCACAGCAGAAGUGCUCCUCCGAGCAGGUGUGAGCAGGGAUGCCCGGACCAAAGUGGACAGAACCCCUUUGCACAUGGCUGCAGCCGAUGGACACACACACAUCGUGGAGCUGCUUGUUAGGAACGGUGCGGAUGUGAACGCCAAGGACAUGCUGAAGAUGACAGCUUUGCACUGGGCCACGGAGCACCACCACCGCGAUGUCGUUGAGUUGCUCAUCAAAUAUGGAGCUGAUGUCCAUGCAUUUAGCAAAUUUGAUAAAUCUGCCUUUGACAUAGCACUGGAGAAAAACAAUACUGAGAUUCUGGUCAUCCUUCAGGAAGCAAUGCAGAAUCAGGUGAACGCUAACCCCGAGAGAGUCAACCCAGUGACUAACCCUAUGACUGUGGCUGCUCCACUCAUCUUCACCUCUGGAGAAGUCGUUAACCUCGCUAGCUUUGUUUCUUCAGCCAACACCAAAGCAACCUCAGCUAAUUUAGAGGAAAUUGAAGAUGGAGAUUCUCUUGACUCCUCAAUCCAGCAAGUGGUAGGGAGUGGAGGCCAGAGGGUCAUCACCAUAGUGACUGAUGGAGUACCCCUGGGUAAUAUCCAAACAUCAAUUCCUGCUGGAGGCAUCGGCCAGCCGUUUAUUGUAACUAUGCAAGAUGGACAGCAAGUUCUAACUGUGCCUGCUGGUCAGGUUGCAGAGGAGACGAUAAUUGAAGAGGAAGAAGAGGAGGAAGAAAGGUUGCCACUGGUGAAGAGACCAAGGAUGGCAGAAGUGACGAACAGUGUUGAGGAAAUCAAGGAAGACAGUGAAAGAGAGAUACUGCAGCAGCAGCUCCAGGAGGCUAAUCGAAGAGCCCAGGAGUACAGACACCAGCUCCUCAAGAAAGAACAGGAGGCAGAACAGUACCGUCUGAGGCUGGCGGCUAUGGCUCGGCAGCAGCCCAAUGGAGUCGAUUUCACCGUGGUUGAAGAGGUAGCUGAAGUGGAUGCUGUAGUAGUGACAGAAGGGGAAGUGGAAGAAAGAGCAACAGAAGUGAUGAAGUCAGGAAGGACCACAGAGCCUCGCACUAGUGUUUCCAUAGAAACUGUUUCUUCAUAACAUGAAAAGGCCACAGCUUGCACUCGUGUAUCUUAUUCUUUUUACGAAGAGAAUAGAGAGGGCAAGUACUGUGUACAAGUUAAGACUGACCUUGAGAACCUAACAGUAGCAGGGCUCAGUGCCUGGGCCCAGGAAUACUAUGUGCAGCUGGAAAACUCAGGGCCACACUAGGGCCAUCUGAGGGACCAAAGGACCAGGACCAAAUCUCUCAGCUCACAUCAUUGCUUUAAACAGAGUACUGGACAUUGUGGAUUGAUUUUGUUUUAAAAAUAACUACUUUUAUAGCAAAAGAUUUUAAGAUAAUACUUGUAAUGCAUAUACACCAAGAGCCUUUAAUAAUUAUACCUGUAAAUUUUUAAGUGACCUGAAAAUUUGCCUUAGCUUUAUGAAACCAGUUAGGUUGUAGGAAACCUCCUCUUGAGGAAGAGUAAAAGAUAUAUUCUAGAGGAGCAGGACACACGUUCUCCUAGUGCAAAGAAAUGUGUAAGCCAGGCGUGCAGGUACACACCUGUAAUGUCAGGCUGAGACAGAAAGCUCGUGAGUUUGAGGUCAGCCUGAGCUAAAGCAAUUCCUUCAACUCCAGGUAUGGUGGUGCCAGCCAUAGCUACAUAGUGAGAUCCCGUCUCCAAGUAAAACAAAACAGGAGUGGAGAGGUGGAGAGGUGGCUGGCUAAGAGUGUUACUUGCUCUUCCAGAGAACAUAAGUUCAGUUCCCAGCACCCACAUUAGGCUGCUUACAAGUACAUAUAACUCCCAAACCCUUUUCUGGCCUCAGUGGCUAUCCACACAUACACAUACAAAUAAAAAAAAUUUUAAGUUAGGUUAGUUGAAUGCAUUGGUUCACACUUUGGAACCUGAGGCAGGAAGAUUGCUACGAGUUUGAAGCCAGCCUGAGCUCCGUAGUGAAUUCCAGGUCAGCCUGAGCCAAAUGUGGGACUAAUGCAAGAACAGAAAAUUCAAUCAAGUGUGGAAGCACACACCUCUAAUUCUAGCAUUCAGGAGGUAGAGGCAGGGGAAUCUGAAUUCAAGGCCAGCCUAGUCCACAAAGAGAGUUCUGGGAUAGCCAGGGCUACAUACAGAGACACUGCCUAUUAAAAUAAAAAAAAAAAAAAAAAAAAAAGGGAAAGGAAAGAAAAAUUAGCAGAGACUGACUUAUGAUUGAUAAAAUAUAUUUCCAUAGCUUAGAUACCAGUUUAAAAAAAAAAAAAAAGCAGGCAUAGUGGUGCAUGCUUGUAACCCCAGCAUUUGAGAGGAUGAGACAGAAGGAUCACUGUAAGUUAAAGGUCAGCUUUGGUUACAAUAAAAUCUUAAAAAUGAACAACAAAACCUCUGAAAUGGCCAAGCGUGGUGGUAGUGGCUUCUCAUCCCAGCACUUGGGCAGAGUCAGACAGGCCUUUGGGCCUUUAACUAACCUGAUCCUCAUAGUGAGUUCCAGGUGAGCCAGGGUUACUCAGAUCAGGGAAGAGAAAAAAAUAAAAAGAUGAAAAACCGAGGACGCAGCUCAGUGGUAGGCAUGGCGCUAAGUGUGCAAGGAGCCUUGGGCUGUACUUACACAACAGAACGAGGAUAGGAGUGCAAAGGAAAAACAGUUGACAUCAGAUUGUUAAAUGCUGAAAAGAAAAUUUACUUAUGUGGGAGUGUGUGUAAAACCCACACCCUCCAGGCUGUGCUUACAGAAAGAGGCUGCUGAGCUCUGAAACUCUGGUCUUGAGAUGGAACCUAUAUAUUGGCUGGAUGUUAUAAAACUGCAAUAAGGAGAGCCGUGGUUGUCCUAACUAACAUGUUGCUUCCAAACAUCUAUUUAUAUGAAAUCAAGCUCAAGACUCUCUAAAUUGUAUAAAUUUGGCUGAACUGUCUGUGUCACACAGGACACUGGUGCUUUCUGUAGCAUUUACCCUGUCAGAAGGAAAGGAGUAUGGCAGACAGAAGUCAGGCUGCUGCUGUGUAGAUUUGCUGCUGUUUGAUUCUGCGGGAGUGAAUUGCUGCUGCUGUUAGUGUGGCCGGCAGAGCUCUGUGCAUUCAGGACAGGCGACGAAGGGAGCUGUCCCACUGCCUCAGAACAAGGAGCCACACAUGCAGGCCCAUGCUGACCUCCCCUCUCUAACUCUGCACAACCUGUCUGUUCAGACACUUGCAAAGAUUUCUAGUGCUGGGUUGUUGGUUUUGAGAUGGGGUUUGGGGCAGGCCUCUUUAGUGUGAAGUUUCAGGGUUUUGUUUAUUUGUAUAGCCAGACAUGUUACUUAUAACCUCAGGACUCAGGAGCUACAGCAGGAGGAGUGACGUGAGUGUGAGGCCAGCCUGAACUACAGUGUGAGAACUUGUCUCAAAAACAAGACAGCUGGGCGCCGUUGCUCAUGUCUGUAAUCCCCAUUCCGAGGGUCACUCAGGGUCACUGGGGCUCACAAUCAGACUACGAGGCAACAUAGCGCCAUCUCCCUCUAGGACAGCAUGGACUACAGAGACCUCUCCUACAGAGAAAAGGGCUGAGACCAUAGUCCAGGAGGAGAGCCCUUGCCUCAUUUUAUGAGGUCCUCCAUCCAAUCUCCAGGACUGCAAAAACAAAAUAUUAAAAAAUGCUUAAACAGAAUGUGAUAGUGCAUGUCUCCAAUCCCAGAACUGAAAGAGGAAGGCAAGAGGUCAAAGGUUGAGGGCCACCCUUGAUUAUUUAUCAAGUCUGAGGCCAGCUUACACCUCGUCUCCCCCAAGGGGCAGAGGACUCCAGAGAACAUGGUUGGGAAGAAGUUAUGUAGAGUUGCUUGCUUUAUUGCAGAUUAGAAAAAAACCAGAGGGACAUGUGCCAAGUACACGUUUGAAUGACUAUUGAGAAUAUGGUUUCCUAAUUAGUGAUCAUGAAGAAAGCAUGCAUUUUAAACAUGGAAAAAGCUUGAUACUUAACAUGGUUCUGUUUACCUUGAUUAGUGGAAUAAUUUGUUACAGUGUUCCAGAGGUCUGGAAUAAUUUUUGGCUCAAAAUAAUCUGCAAACAUAAUUCUCCAAAUAACAUUUAACAAAUAGAAUUGACUGUUAGAGGUUUAUAGGCAGAAAUAACCAUUUGAAAUUCAUCUUGGCUGCUGACACUUUGGCUAGGUCUGCUUUAUGAACAUCAGGGUUGUUUCUACUGCGUUGACAGUGGAGGAGGUGUGUAUGGCUAAGGAUGGAGCUGUGUCUGCUGUGGAUCCUUCUGUUCCUGUUUACAGAGCUCUUGAGGAACCCUGAGAUGAGCUGCUAGCAAUAAGCUAUUGUGUGUGCUGUUUCAGAGCCUUAGCUAACUAGAGGGAGCAAGUUUCUUUUUAGAUGGGAUUGUUUACAUUCUUAGAGCAUAUGUUGACUUUCAUUCCCUCCCUUCUUUUAAGGGACUAGAUAUUAACCCUGCAGAGGAGAACCACAGCCAGCCUCCUGGUUACCUUGGGUCUUCACUGUGGGGACAGGCUCUGUCCUCCUGUGCCUCUCUUCUGAGCAGAGCUGCUUUCCACCUUUAGGGGGACCAGUUUCAUUAUUCCAAGUCACUUUGAACAUGAGGUCUCUGAGAUAGGGAAAGAGAGACACAGUGUUUGAAAGAGGCUGACAGGAAGGCCCUCCCAUUUACUUGGAAUAGACCGCCUAUCAUGUCAAAAAGGAAGUAGGCUUUGUUCUCCAGUCAAACUAGCAUGAGUACAAGACAGUGUGGGAGAGGAUGCUUUCAGUUAGUUUGAAAUGAAGUACUGAAUAGCCAAGCAUGGGGCACAUGUGUGAAAUCCCAGCACUGAGGAGGCUGAAGCAAGAGGAUCAAGAGUUAGAGGCCACACUGGGCUACAUGUCCACACUGUCUCAAAAACACAGAAAAGAUGGGGCUGGAGAAAUGGCUCAGUGACUAAGAACACUUACUGUUAUACACAAGCUUGAAGGCCCAGAUGCAGAUCCCAGCACCCACUCUUAUCAACCCAUGGUGGUGUGGUUCCUGGGGCACCUGUAAACCUAGCCUUCUGGAAGUCAGAGACAGGAGGAUCACUGGGACCUACUGGCUGCCAGCCUCACCAAAAAAAAGUGAAUUUCAGGUUCAGGGAGAGACCUUGUAUCAAAGGAAUAAGGCAGAAAGCAAUGGAAGGGGACACCAGUGUUCUCUUCUACCCUCUGCCCAUAGUCUAAACCUGGACACACACACACACAUAUACGUCACACACGAAAAUAACUAAGUAGAAAUUAAGUGUUGAAUACACUGAUAACAGUUCAUGACUUCACAUAACCUUCCAGGUCAGCAUUUUUCUUUGCUGCUUUUUUAAUUUUAAAGCAGGGCUCCACUCUGUAGUCCAGGCUGGCCUCAGACUCAGAGCAAUCCUUCUGCCUCCGCAUCUUGAGUGCUGGGACUAUAGGUGUGAGCCUCCUCUUCUGGGUCGAGAAGAUCUGUUGAGAAGAUCUGUCUUAGAUCUUCUGAGUGGAGACAUCUCAGCUUAUCAGGAAAGCUGGACCAGUGAGAACAAAGCAGCAGAUGAGGGGUUCAGAGCUGGGGCUCAAGCAGAAAGAAUGCCAGGCCCAGGACUCAUCUACAGUCCUGCAGGGAUACAGUGGUAAAUUCAGGGCUGUAGGCUAAUUCAGUUAAUUGUAGACGCUACAUUUGCAUCUUGGUUGUAAGUCUUUACCCACAAAAAAGAAAAAAGUUACAACUUUUGUCUUUCUGACUUCAGGGAAGUUCAUGACAAAUACAUGUGUCUUCCCCCCACAGCCCUGCCUCUGUGGGGUCUCAUUGUUGAAAUGCCACAGCAGAGACCUCACGGGCGGCAUAGGAGAAAGCAUCUACUGGGGUUUUUUCUCUGAACUCAGUGCCUUAAAAGAUACUCUUCUCUGUCAAAUGUAUAUUUACUUUUUGUUUUGUUUUGUUUCUAGUCAGGGUCUCACUAUGCAGCUCAGGCUGCCUGGAGCUUGCUCUGUAGACCAGGCUGGCCUCAAAUUUAUAGAGAUCCCCUUGCCUCCUGAGUGCUAGGACUAAAGGCAUCUGACAGCAGAUAGUUUGCUGGGUGCAUAUUAGCAUAUUUGUGUGUGAAUACAUAAAAUUUUUCUCAGUUUCCUCCUUGAGGUUCAGCUCUGAAGCAUCUGGGAUAACCUGGAAGCUUAUUAAGUAUAUAGAGAGUAUUUCUUUGAAAUCCCUUAAUCCAAAGGGGUACAGUGGGGCUUGGGAUGGUGGGGGAAGCAUUGAAUAAAGAUCAGUGUGGGAGUUGAGCCCAAAAGAAAGCUGGCCCGUGCUCUUGGGGAAGCAAGCAGAUAAGUACAAAGACUCCAUUGUCUGCACAGGAUCAAAGUGAGUUGCUGCUCCAUGGCCGAUAGCCUUUUACUCCUGUUGAAGCUGCCUUGAUACUUGGAAACCCCUCAGAGCCAGACAUGGUGGCACAUACCUUUAACCCUAGCACUUAGAAGGCAAAAACAACUGGAUCUAUGAGUUCCAGGAUAGCCUGGUCUACAUAGUAAGUUCCAGGCUAGCCAGGGCUACACAGUGAGACCCUGUCUCAGAAAAGAAAAGCUCUUAGGUUCCAGACAGGAAAGAAAGCCCAGGUGAGGGGCUAUGGAUGAACAGACGCUCUGGGCCUCUGCUUUCCCAGCUCAGAGUCUCAUCACAUUGAGAAAUAACUCAUUCUGAGAAAGUUUAUGUCCCUGUCCCCUAACGGCAGCCAUUUCCAACGCUAGAAUAGCUGGGGCACAUGGCAAACUCUUGUCAGAAGUUUAACAGUGAGCAGGAGUCACUUUUUGUUCCAUUUUAUUGGACUAGCUUGCUGUUCUCAUGAGGACAGAUAACCACUUAGGCCACCAGUAUGCACUUUAAGCUCUGAGCUCCUUUUUCUGUUUUGUUUUCUUCUUUGAGACAUGAUCUCACUCUAGCUCAGGCUGACCUGGAACUCACUAUGUAACAGGCUAGCCUCAGACCCCCAGCAAUCUCAUGCCUUAAACUCCUGUGUACUGGGGUUACAGUGAGCCACCAUGCCAGACUAGGUCUAGCUGUAUUUUUCUGUGGUGCCUUACCACGUUCGUCGUACGCACUCCAUUUCCUGUCACUUUACUUACCAGGAGACCAAAAGCAAGAAGGACAGGAGUUAGAGUUAAAUAGCUUUGAGCCUCUGGUGCUGCCCUUUGAACAGUUUUAGCCGCUCCAGAGCUAGGGGGAAGAAGAUAUUCCUAAACUUUAUAAUAGUAACUUGCCUUGUUGCUAGCAGGGACUUGCGACCCUCCCUGUCGCCCCUGCCCCUCCCCCACUGUUCUGCUGCCCCACCUUCUUAGGAAGGCUUUGCCAGGCACUGGAACAUAGUCCAUCAUCUCUGAUCUGUGGGACCCACCUUUUCUCUCUCUCCUUCCCAAACUCACGUGUUUUGUUCUGAGGUCAUUGUUUCUGAGAAUCAAUGAGCUCAUAGCCUAUGUUCCCACUUAGUUUCUGGCCUCUUGGGGUGUCAACUGUUACAGUAGCAACACUGCCCCAGUGCUGGCCUUGCCCAGUGGGCCCUGCCAAGGCCAUUUAGAGGCGGAUGCCUGGAGAUUCUUCUCAGUGUCCUCUUGUUUUUCAAAUUGUCUGGCAGCUUUAUGUACAGUAAACUUUGAAGAAAACAAAAGUUUCUUUUUUAUUUAGGAUAAAAUAGUUGGAACCUGGUGAGCAAGCUUGUAUGUACAUGUGUGUGGAUGGCAUUUGUGUACAUAUACCUAUACAGAUUAUAUUAUACACAGUUUUGUACUAUCAUUUAAAAUAAAGACCUUUGUUAAUAAAAUGUCAUUCCUGUUCAAUUCUUGUCA